AUGAGUUCGGCGUGGAAGUCGGCCAACAACGCGGCAGAUCGUCUCUUCGCCGGUUAUGCCAGCAUUGUUGUCCGGUUCACAGCGCCAGUGUGCGGACUUGGUGUGCUGCUGGCAGUGGCCUUCUCGCUCGGCCUCCUUCUUGCCGAUGUGGACAAACGAAACGUGAGCGAGCUGUGGAUCGACCUGGACUCACGACUGGUGAGCGAGAAGGCAGAGUUCGAGAAGUAUUUCGGUGGCCUGACCCGGCAGCUGACCAGCAUUGUAACACCCUCCACUGCUGGAGAGAGUCUGUUUUCUGGCGAUGACACAGCCACAGUCCUUGGCAACUCUACUUCCAAUGGACUGGCUGCGUUGCAGCAGGCUAUGCGUAUCUGGGAGAACAUAACGUUCACCUACGAAGGUAACACGUACGGGCCGAGUGAUGUGUGCGAAAAGCCAGUUGUGCCUUUCCCGUUCCGGCGAAACCAGAGCUCGGCCGAACUGUAUGGGCGCUUCUCCCAGUGCAUGCAGACGGAAACAGGAUUUACGUCGUUCAUCUAUCCCUCGCUGCAGACACAGUACUCUGCACUUCCAGCUAACUACACUCCUGUUCCGCCAGGCUGGGGGAUAGAUGAGUUUCCCUGCUCGAGAGCCAGUACGUUGGAUUGCUUCAGAGAAGGCGAGGAGGUCGACUGGCCCAUCGCACUCCGCCAGCUAGGCCAUGUCUCACUGCCACUUGCAACAGCUGUCACCACAACAUACGGCGCCUUCCUCGAUGAAAUUGCCCGGACUCCCGUGGAUCUGUCAGUGUUUGCGCCUGGCUUUCCGACGCUGACUGUGGUUGAGAUUGUUCUUAGUGGUUUCUUCGUGCCGUGCUGGUUUUUCACCCAUGACGGCAAUCUCCAAUGCCUGCUGGCUUCUUCAGUAGACUUGAGCACACAGCCUGGCCGUAUUGCGGGGGUAAACGGAAGUCUGAACACGCUUAUCACCCCGCAGCGGGGCAGCCUGGAUCAGUUCGACCCUUCCGGAUCUCUCCGCGGGGCCGUCACCGCCGCUCUCAGCCCUGUGGUUACAGCCCUGCCGUCCACAACAAGCCGCGCUGAACUGGAGACCCUCGCCGAGCAAGCAACUCAGAUCGUUCUACGCGUUCUGCAGCCCGUUGCCGGUAGCAACGCCCUUGUCGGCUCUCUUCUCCUGUACCUGAACUUGAACCGUCGGGUGAAAAGUGGCCAGCUUCCCGCCGCUUCUCUUAUUGGAAGUAGAUGUUUGGGUGCUGCCGUGGCUGGCCAUCUUGGUGUAGCACCGGGUAGCCAGAGUGCUGCCGUACAGGCUGCCAGUGCUGAGUUGGUGGAAGUUGCGCAGUUCUUCAGCUCUGUCGGUUACUACUGGCGGCCCAGCUACAGGACGAUGACGGCAAGUCAGGUCGUCGAGCACGUCAACAGUGCGGCCAACGCUCAGCUGGACCCGGCCGUGCGAGGCGAUCUGUCCGCGUGCAUCCGCGGCGUGGCCAAGUGCUGCCAGGCGUGGAACGGUGCGUUUGUGGGCACGUCGAUUCACACGGCGGGCACGUCGCGACCCGGGAGGCGUCGCGUUCCCCGCGUCGGCUUCUCCAGCCUGGACCUGUCCAGCAUCACUCUGGUACGCGCCGGCUGGGAAGACUACCAUCACAACAGCCCGCAGUGGCAGGAUCAGCUGCAGCAGCGCUACCCGUCCGUCCAGUGGAACAGCGAACGUCGCCGUGAAGACCUGGCACGAGCAUUCGAUGAGAAGCUCACCAACGAGUGGCUGAAGCUCUAUGAGCGCCAGUCUGGCUCGUCGUACGGCCCGGGCGAGCAGUUCUCCUCCAUGCGUUUUGAUUUCAGCACUGGCAACUCGCUCACCGACAUUCUGGAGCAGGCGGGUUCUGUCGAGGGAUCGCUGCUUGGGCUCAGCUAUGGUGUGAUGGCCGUGCUGGUUGUUUUAUCACUCAGCAACUUGGGCGGCGUGCUCGUGAACUGGAGCAACAAGGACGAAAUGCAGCUGGCCCUGGUCGACUCGCACGGUGGCCUUGGCUUGGCUGGUCUAGCUGUCAUAGGCUUGAGCAGUGCUGCAGGCCUUGGCUUCUCUGCGUUUGUACAGAUCACCCUGAACGGUCUGACCAUCAACCUGGCGCCGUUCGUGUCCCUGGGUCUCGGCAUCGACGACAUGUUUGUGUUUGCACACGCGCUUAUCACGGUGAACGACCGCCGUCGCAGCCCGCAGGACAACAUGGGCGACGUGCUGCGACUGGCCGGCCCGUCCGUCUGCCUGACGUCGUUCGCCAACGCCGCCGCCUUCAUUCUCGUGUACGUCGUACCGGUGUCCGCCGUGCGUCAGCUCGUGCUAGUUCUCAUGGUCUCCGUGCUCGUCAACCUGAUCUUCUUGUUUCUCAUCUUUGUUCCGAUCAUGGUGUACGACAUGCGCCGCAACCAUGCAGGGCGUAUGGAUCUGUGCUUCCUAGAGGGGCCGACCAGAAUCAAGGAUUCCACUUCGGAGAAGCGCCCUGGUCUGAUUGCUCAGUUCAUCGACAAAGCCUACGCGCCCUUCCUGUCCAACGUCGCUGUGAAGAUCGCCGUGCUUGUCGUCUUCGGUGGCUUCUGUAUUGCUAUGCUGUGGCACGGCAUUGUCAGCAGCAAACAUGGCUUGCGCACCAGCGACAUUGCACUGCGUGACACAUACCAGCGUGACGUAGCCAUCCUGGCGGAGGACGUCAUCCCCAUUCAGAAGAGCACGCUGGUGACUGUCGUCGGCAAGCGGCAGUUCAGCGACCCAGUGGCCCAGGAACAGGUCAUCAACUUGCUCAACUCCCUGGAUCCCAGCCCGCACAUCGUCAAUGGCACGCGCGCUCACGAUCUCAACUUCCUGACAAAUUCGACCGCGUCGAUUCUCUUCUUGUACGACCGGCAGCGUAGCUCUGGUGCUCUUCCAGCUCAGCUGCAGUGUCCAGCCGCUGGGGUCAGCACACCCAUCACCAGCAAGCCAUGUUACGAUGCCAUCUUCCCGGUCUGGCUGGCCACUGCUGGCGCCGGCCUCACGCCAUACCUCUACUGUCAGGGCAGCGGUGGUAAGCGUGCUCCGUGCGGCAGUCCUGGUGCCGUUCUGAUGGCGACGCGUACCGACUUCUACAUGGAUGGCCUGCGUGAGCAUCAGGACCACCUCGACGCCAUCAAGGACAUCCGCGCCCGCGUGGAUCCGUACAGUAACAGCGACGUUCAAGUGUACCCAACGGGCUACGUAUUCUACUUCUGGGAGCAGUACUUUGGCAUAGUCACCACCUUGAUCAGUGCCAUUGGCUUUGGCCUAUUGGGUGUUUUCAUCAUCACCUUCGUGUUUCAGCUCAACCCCUGGCUGUCGCUCAUUGUCUGCUCCGUUAUUCUAAUGAUUGAAGUUGAGCUGAUCGGCCUGAUGCCCGUCAUGAACGUCAAUCUCAACGCCAUCUCCAUCGCCAACCUGGUCAUCUCCAUCGGCAUGGCCGUGGAGUUCACUGCCCACUAUGCCCGGGCAUUCCUCCUGGCCAGCGGCAGCCGCAAUCAGCGUAUGAAGACUGCCCUGCAUGAGAUGCUGCAGCCGAUGAUCAACGGCGCACUCAGCACCAUCAUUGCUCUCUCUGUGCUCUCCGCCAACAAAUUCCCGUUCUUCAGAAACUACUACGCGCUGACGUUUGUUGUCAUGGUGCUGAUCGCGUUUGUCAAUGGACUCCUCCUUUUGCCUGUGCUGCUGAGUCUUAUCGGGCCCCCGGCCAGAGAGUGUAAUGCUGCUGUCAACGAAGCGACCCAUGAUGCAGUCAUGGAGGACAUCGGGGACAAGCAGCAGCAGCAGCAGCAGCAGCCAGGAAAGGAAACCGUGUAAAUAUAACACCGGCGAUGAGGCGCACCAGUCUUUGCACAAGAGUAUUUCUGCACAUGGCAACUGCUAGCUUCAGUUUAUGUGACUUACUGGUGCACCUGUUCCCCUUCCCUUUUUAAGAUCUUUCCUUCCAUUUAUUUAGAACCAAUACUUUUCUCACACUAUGUUUUACUCUAUUUAAAGACGGUUUGGACAAGAGCCGUUUAGCGUCUACGGAUUCUGCCCGUGGCCAUAAUAUUCCAUUCCCUGUGUGUUCACCCUCAGUCACCGAUACCCAUGCCCAACAAUAUCCAGAGCACGGCGCAAUAUUUUCGUAGAACUUUUAGGCACUCUAUUUUUAAUUUAUUAUAAAUAUAAGGGCGAACUCUCUUUGGUAUUACCGGUACUAAUACAAGUAGUAGUACUAACUUAGUGAUUUUUAAACGCAAUGAGAAAAAAACGAGUUGCGUAUUCGGACCAUAUACACCAUUGGCAAGGGUUCGGUGUCCAUUUUCUAAAAUUGUUUUUGUUGUCAUCUCGUCAGGAUAUGUUUUAGAGAUUUGUUUAGACUCCCUUUUUAAUUUUUGAAAUUCCAAAAUUAUUGGCCAUCUGCCAACUGAUCUCCGGUGUUUAGUCCUUCAUUAUAAGAAUGCAAGGC